AUGAAAGUAGUUCAAAAUCCAACUCAAUAUUUUUUUGAGUAAUCAAAUAAUCCACCAGGUGAAUAUUUGCCAAAAAUAAAUGAAUUUCUUAGUAAGUUGUUGAAUCAAAAGCAAUGUAUUUUAUGCAAGAAUGAUUAUAAUAUGAAAGACAGGUUACCAAGAAUAUUAAUUCAUUGUGGUCAUACAAUAUGCACCGCAUGUCUAACUAACUUCUUUAGGUAGUGAAUGAAAAUAUGUAAAAUGAUAGAAAUCGAAGAGUUAGAUGUCCAUUGUGUUUAAAAUUGAUAAAACAUCUGGAUUCAGUAGAUAAAUUGCCUGUAAAAUAAUUGUUAAUGUUUUUAGAUAAAUCACACAAUAUUUAAAAGAAUGUCAGAAGAUAUAAACAAUAAAAGUAAAUAACAUGGAGGAACAGAAGUUAUAGAUUCAUAAUAAUAUUUAUUUUCACAAUUUUAAUAAUCAGCUUUGUAGUAAUAGAAAGCAAGAUAAUAAUAAUAAAACACAUAUCCAUAGGUUGAUCCUGAUUCAGGUUUAGAAUAUUGUGAAUUUCAUAAUGAUAGAAUAAAACAUUUUUUUUGUAUGAAACACAAAGUAACUUGUUGUAGAAUUUGUUCUGAAAUGAUACAUUAAAAGAAGGUAUUUAAAUUUUAUAAUUAGGAUUGCAUAGUGGUGGAUUUAUAUGAGAUUGAUGAUGUUCCUUAAUUUUUGAAGGAGGCUUAUUAGUUGAAUGAAGAGAAUAAUGAUUAAUAAUAGAAUUAAAUGAGAAAAGAUUUUGACUUCAGGUAGGAUUGUGAAUAAAGUAAGAUUAUAGAAUAAAAUUAGAUGAUGGAGAAAACUAGUUUAAUGAUGAUGAUUUAGAAGAUGAAUUUGAAGAGAAUAGUAUUUAGAGCAUUUGA